AUGGUUUACAUCUCCCCUCUAUCAACUCCAACCGCCACUUCAACUGCAACGAAUGAGACACCUCUUCGACCACCGACUAAUAACACGACACCAUGGUCAGAGAUUUCAAUGGAGAAUUGGCGAAAUGGAGUAGAUUUCAGAAGCCCGCCACCAGCUUAUGACGAAGAGGAGCUGUCGGAAACACCUCAUCGAUUUUACAAAGCCAACUUGGAGCAUCUCUACAAGGCUAUUUGGCUCACCGUAUUGAUAAUGAUUUGUUUCUGGUUUUGGUUGAGUCAACAACAGCAGCGAAUACAUUUCUAUCAAUACGACACAAAAAUUUCUACAACAGAGCCACCACUAGAAGGACUUCGCUUCGUUGACGCUAGUCAUCCUUACAUACGUUAUGUGGGUCGUUGGUCUUCGACAUUGGAUGGCACGAGAAAAGAUGGGUCAUUCCCAGGCAUUUAUCUCGAUAUCGCCUUCAAUAGAAGCAGCACCAUCCUAAUAUCACUCCAUAACAAAGAUCAACAACCACAUGUCAAAAGGACAAAUGCUCGAAACAAAACAGCAGCGUCUGUAUUCCUACCAUUGUCAGACAAUACAAGCGCGGAACCUAUCUCUCUACUUGCCCGGGUCGAUGAUGAAGAAUACGUGAUACUUCCAAACGCAACGUCACUUGUGGCUAUAAGAACGAAAGAUCUCGAUCCCCAAUCACCCCACAUUAUUCGAAUCAUUGCACCAAUGAUCGGCAGGGAUAUAAUAGAGACCUUUCAGUUUCUAGGGGUCUGGAUAGAUGAGAAUGGACAACUGAUUCCAGUUCAAAACCCGAUGUCAACCACAAAUCUACCAUUUUCCGAAAGAGAUGUAGAGAAUGAAGAAUUGGGGCUAACUAUAAGUGCUGUGGACAGUGGCUUAAAUGCUCCUCAGCGCAAGAUGUUGGAGAUCUUGACUGAUCUACCUGGUUCUAUGACAGGCCUAGACAGAAGAAAGCAGCGGGUAGCAUAUAAUAUCGCAAACGGAAUACUAGGAGGAGUGAUGGGGUGGGAAUACUUGACUGGUGAUAUGUUUGGUAGUGAUCAUGUAACUAUUGGAAUGGAUGGGAUGUGCCUACUGCAAGACUGUAUCGGUGGUAGGGGCAGUCCAGCAGGACUGGCAGACGUCUUCUUUCAAAGUGGACCACUUGGCUCUGGGCAAUAUGCGCAACCAUGGAUCUUCCAAUCCUAUGUCCCGGAUGUAAUGAUUCUCAAUAUCGGCAAUGCUGACUGGGAGUCGUUCCGAAUAUACAAUGAAGAUUACAAUAUGACAACAUGGGAACUGAGUGUCCUUUUUGAGGAGACCUACGUUUCCUUAAUCAAGGCAAUCAGAACAUUGGCAUAUCCCAAAUACUCCGGGACAAUGGCUGAGGUUUCACAAUACGAUUAUCCACAAUACCGAGCAGUCGACAUCCCGAUAUUUGUGAUGAGACCUUUCCGCGGACAGCUUGAACAAGCGACGCAUUCUGUAGUGGAUCGAUUACAAUUCGAAGGAGACAAAUCAAUUUUCUGGCUUGAUACUUCAGGCUGGCUUAAUACCGAUGUAAAUUUUGAGGGACAAUCAGAAGAUCAAGACUUUUUUCUCGAUGAGGAGAGUCCACGGAAAGAAUGGCGCCUCACGGAGAAGGGAAACCAACGAGUUGCAAUCUUGCUCCAUAUGCAUGUCUGCAGAUAUCUUGCACAAGAAGUCAAUAAAUGUGCAUUUUUAGCACCAGAAGCAUAUCAAGGUGGCAACUUGGAUCCAGUUGCGAUGCAUUUCGAUCAAUACAUGAGAGACGAGAAAGAGAGGAGGCUGAAAAAGCUAUUCUGGGUAUCCCCAGAGGAUGAAGGAAAACUCCAAGUCAGAUGA